GCCUCGCAUGACAAGCUGGAAUGGGCAGUGCCAUGGGCCUGUGAGUAACAGCUGAACACUUGUAAAGAAGACUGGGGUCUGGACUGGCCACGGGGCUUGCACUUUGAAAGCACAAUACGUUUUCAAGCCACUCCGGGAGAGGGAGCCAGCAACGACAACACAAUCAGCGCAGCCAAGGAGACCGGUUAAAAACUUUCCCCCAAAUUCCCGACUCAGAGAGGGGGAGAAAAGAAGGGGAGAAGCGCCAAACAAAAGCAUUCUUAGCUUUCAGCAAAACAAUAACUUUGGGAAAAUAAUUUACUUCAAAUACAAAUUCAAUGAGAUAGGCGUAACGGAACGCGUCUCCAGCAAGAAUCCGCUACUUUUAUUCAACAUUGUGAAUACUUAAAACCACGGAUUGAGUGCUGCAGCAACACUGAAUGAAACAUAGUUUCUUUAAAAAAAAAACUGAAAAAGAAUGGAAACGAAAAUGCGAAUCACGUGGGCACUUCUUCCACUUGGUUUUCUACUUCACUGUACUCAUGCUGAUCCAGCACAAACAACCUAUAACUCUUCAACUCUCUUCAACACGCCAACUUCAGAGGACAACAUAUCCACAAUCCACACCCCUGUUUCUGAUCCAGCCACCAACUCCACUCAAAAUGACACUUCCGCCGAUGCAGUUACCUCCUCCAGGCUAACCAGUGAGACCGGGACUAAACUAGCCAGCCUUAUCGUAUCAAGUGUGGCGACACUGAGCACCUCUACCGUUGGGAGGUCCAGUGGUAAUGUGGUGUCCAACACCAUGACUAUUGCUGAACUGGACUCCACUAGCUCCACCGGAGCCCACACCCAGACCACCACUAGCUCCACCGGAGCCCACACCCAGACCACCACUAGCUCCACCAGAGCCCACACCCAGACCACCACUAGCUCCUCCGGAACCCACACCCAGACCACCGCGCAAUUCCCUAGCUCCUCAGGAACCCUCACCCAGCCCACCACAAGCUCCACCGGAACCCACACCACCGCGCAAUUCACUAGCUCCUCAGGAACCCACACCCAGACCACCGCGCAAUUCACUAGCUCCUCAGGAACCCUCACCCAGACCACCACUAGCUCCACCGGAACGCCUCACUCCACUGCAGUCACACCGGUGGGUGGGCGACAUACUCCAAUCCUUACAACCCCAUGGUCAAGGUCGUCCUCUCCAUCCCAGCAACCUUCCACAUCCAGCCCAGUGGGUUCAGGAAGCAGUUUUGCUAUCACCACAACCCGUGCACAGGGAGGAAUGGUGUUAACAACCAUGGCUGAGACUACAACCACGACGGCCACUACCACAAGUCCUCCCAAGAGCUUUAUGUUUGUCAUGUCCAAAAGAAAUGAAGAGAAUCAUGAGAAGAAGGACCUGGAGGCGCUGUGUCGACACCUGAUGUCUCAAAUGCACGACGCUAACUGUACUCUGGCUGCGAGAGAGAACAACGGACAAACCACCGUUGACAGUGUGGUAAUUACCGGCAAAGUGGACAACGCUGUCGUCCAGCAAUACUAUGAGGAAAUCACCAGAAAACAAAGUGACAACAUGACCCUGAUUGCCAUUUUGGCGUCCUGCGGAGCUCUGCUGGCCAUGAUUGUAGGCUUCGCCCUUUACGCCGCAUACCACCGCAAGUCCUAUCGGAAGAACCACCAACACCACCUGACAGAGGAGAUGCAGACGGUGGAGAAUGGUUACCACGACAACCCCACGUUGGAGGUGAUGGAGGUGCAGCCGGAGAUGCAGGAGAAGAAGGUGGCCCUGAAUGGAGAGUUCAACGACAGCUGGAUUGUCCCCAUCGACAACCUGCUCAAAGAAGACAUGCCAGAUGAGGAGGACACUCACCUGUAGAGGGGGACCGGAACAGACAGGGGUGCUACUAUAUUCCCUCGACCAACUGACUCUCCCUUCCCUGCACUGUUACAAGGGCCCUGUUUAGUAGAGGGUUCUAGCUCCAAACGUUGCAGGUAGAAAUGUAUUCUAUAUAGAAUGUAUACAACCUUAAAUAAUGGGAUUUGAGAAAUCGCACAAUUGUGACAGUUCUAUGCAAUACAUUUCUAUCCGCAACACUUUUAAUGUUCCUCCCCACUGAACCAGACCCAAGGCAACAACACACAGACACCACCUGACAAAUCUGGAGAAAAUAACACCCAGAGGAUGACAGGUUCUGGAAACCCAUCCAGCCUAAACGGGUGUCUGAGUCCCAUCGCUGUGGCCAUGGAAAAGUAACAGGCCAUUUGGAGAAUACUACACCAAUUAACAUUGUGCCUAGUUUUAGGAGAUAUUCAAUAAAUAUUUGGGAAAUGUAACUCUCAAACAUACACAAUCCCAUUUUAAGCGCCAUUGAGUGUUUAAGGUACUUGAUGUACCGCUACAUAGUUAUUGAUUUAAUUGGGAAAACCAAACACUCAAACCACUAAUAUUUCAGGGUGGAGUGUAUGAACUAAAAUCUGCAUGUUCUUUAUGCUGUAAUCAAUGUAAUCCACAAAAGUGCAUUGAAUUGUAUACUUGAGCACCUGUACAUAGUAUUUUCUUAUAUUUUCAGAGAAAAUGGAAGCUGAAACUUUGUCAUACUGUAACACUACUUGCCUUUAUGGUUAAAUCUCAAUAGUAUUGAUUAAGAAAAUGACCUCGGGAUAAAGUGAAAUAAUCAUCCUGGUGAAUGAAUUAAACUACUAGUGAAUCUCAGCUCUGACGACCUGGCAGUGGCUGCUGUAUAGAAGCCAUAUACUGGUGAAACAACGGGGUCCCUGGAGACGCUGCUGGGACAGGAGCUUCUACAGAUAAAGGGGAAAAACACUGUAAAUAGUCAUUUGAAAGUUCUAAAGAAUCUUACCUAGGGCCGGUUUCCUGGACAUAGAUAAAGCCUAGCCUUGGAUUUUAGAGCCCUUUCAACUAGGCUUUUUAGUCUAGGACUGGGGUUACUCUAUCAGGGAGGCUGGACCAUAAAGAUACAGUUAAAGUCGGAAGUUUACAUACACUUAGGUUGGAGUCAUUAAAACUCAUUUUUCAACCACUUCACAAAUAUCUUGUUAACAAACUAGAGUUUUGUCAAGUCGGUUAGGACAUCUACUUUGUGCAUGACACAAGUCAUUUUUCCAACAAUUGUUUAGACAGAUAAUUUCACUGUAUCACAAUUCCAGUGGGUCAGAAGUUAACAUACACUAAGUUGACUGUGCCUUUAAACAGCAUAGAAAAUUCCAGAAUUGUGUCAUGGCUUUAGAAGCUUCUGAUAGGCUAAUUGACAUCAUUGGAGUCAAUUGAAGGUAUACCUUGGAUGUAUUUCAUAGCCUACCGAGAAACUCAGUGCCUCUUUGCUUGACAUCAUGGGGGAAAUCAAAAGAAAUCAGCCACAAGUCUGGUUCAUCCUUGGGAGCAAUUUCCAAAUGCCUGAAGGUACCACAUUCAUCUGUACAAACAAUAGUACACAAGUAUAAACACCAUGGGGCCACGCAGCCAUCAUACCACUCAGGAAGGAGACGCGUUGUCUCCUAGAGAUGAACGUACUUUGGUGUGAAAAUUAUCUAUAUCUACAGUAAAACGAGUCCAAUAUCAACAUAACCUGAAAGGCCACUCAGCAAGGAAGAAGCCACUGCUCCAAAACCACCAUAAAAAAAGCCAGACUACAGUUUGCAACUGCACAUGGGGACAAAGAUCGUACUUUUUGGAGAAAUGUCCUCUGGUCUGAUGAAACAAAAAUAGAACUGUUUGGUCAUAAUGACCAUCGUUAUGUCUGGAGGAAAAAGAGGCUUGCAAGCCAAAGAACACCAUCCCAACCGUGAAGCACGGGGGUGGCAGCAUCAUGUUGUGGGGGUGCUUUGCUGCAGGAGGGUCUGGUGCACUUCACAAAAUAGAUGGCAUCACGAGGGAAAAUGUUGUGGAUAUAUUGAUGCAACAUCUCAAGACAUCAGUAUGGAAGUUAAAGCUUGGUCGUAAAUGGAUCUUCCAAAUGGACAAUGACCCCAAGCAUACUUCCAAAGUUGUGGCAAAAUGGCUUAAGGAGAACAAAGUCAAGGUACUGGUCAUCACAAAGCCCCGAUCUCAAUCCCAUAGAAAAUUUGUGGGCAGAACUGAAAAAAGCAUGUGCGAGCAAGGUCUACAUCCUGACUCAGUUACACCAGCUCUGUCAGGAGGAAUGGGCCAAAAUUCACCCAACUUAUUGUGGGAAGCCUGUGGAAGGCUACCCAAAACAUUUGACCCAAACCAAACAAUUUAAAGGCAAUGCUACCAAAUACUAAUUGAGUAUGUAAACUUCUGACCCACUGGGAAUGUGAUGAAAGAAAUAAAAGCUGGAAAUAAGUCACUCUCUACUAUUAUUGACAUUUCACAUUCUUAAAAUAAAGUGGUGAUCCUAACCGAGCUAAGGCAGAGCAUUUUUUACUAGGAUUGAAUGUCAGGAAUUGUGGAAAACUGAGUUUAACUGUAUUUGGCUAUGGUGUAUGUAAACUUCUGACUUCAACUGUACAUAUUUUGUUUGCUGAUGUUAACGUUGUGUGGUAAUUUGUUAAACACCAGGGAUGACUUGUUACAUAGGCCUCUGCACAUUUUCAUUUUUGUUUGUUACCAUUUUUUGUCAAAUCAACUGAAUAGAAAUGUAUUUAAAUAUCCAUUAAGUGAUUCUGGCAAAACAUAUUCAAAUUCAUGUAGAAUUUACAUGGACACAAUAAUUCCCAAUUAUAUUUAAGCUGUAAAAUCAACCAACACCAAAACAAUCCACCACUUAUUCUACACAUUCCUAUGUACUGUUUGUCAUUAGUUAUUGUGUACAGUCACUCACUCGUAUUAGAUUUCUUAAACUUUUACACCAAAGUAUUUAGCAGUUAUUGUAUAUAUUUAUGGUUUGUUUGCUGAUGAAGCCAAACAGGGGUCUGACACACUGGAAGCUGCACCUCAUCUAUCAUGACCAGGGCAGCCAUGUUCUUAUACCAAUAAAGAUUUGCCAAUAAAAACACACUUAUUUCAAA